AGCUUAUCAGGGAUUGUCGAAGUACCUUCUCGUGUAGCCAUGGCGAUGCUUUGGGUGGACAAGCACCGGCCGCACACGCUCACCGAGUUGGACUACCACAAAGAUCUCUCCGAGCGCCUCCACCGCAUCGCGCGCAGCGGGGAGAUGCCGCACAUCCUCAUGUGCGGCCCGAGCGGCGCUGGCAAGUCCACACGUGUGCGAGCUUUGCUCAGGGACAUCUUUGGUGCCAGCGUAGACACGGUGAAGGUUGAGACGAAGUCGGUUGCGCCAAAUCCCAACACACCCUCGAACACGGUCGACAUCCAGGUUGUGACCUCCAACCACCACCUGCAGGUCACUCCGGCUGACCUGGGCCGAAAGGACCGGGCGGUCGUGAUGCAGCUCAUCAAGGAGGUGGCUUCCCAUCCUCCGCUGGGAGGUCAUGGAUUCAAGGUAGUGGUCAUUGAGGAGGCUGGCGCUCUCUCCAACGAAGCUCAGGCGGCCCUGAGAAGGACCAUGGAGCGCUACAUGAAGACCUGCCGGAUCGUGCUGCUGGCGGACAGCGCGUCGAAGAUCAUCCCUCCCCUGAGGACCAGAUGUUUGCCGAUCCGAGUAGGUGCUCCGACUUUCGAGGAGGUGAUUUCUGUGCUGGCAAAGGUGGCCACGGCGGAAGGAGUGAAGCUUGCGCCGGAGUUGGCUUCCAAGAUCGCGGAGAAGUCUGGCAGAGACAUGCGACGAGCGAUGCUGUUGCUAGAGAUGGUCCAAAUGCAGGCGUGGAUGUCCGCAGGACGUUCAGUUACCCGAGGAAGCCUGGCAGACAGCCAUCGCCAAGGUGGCAAAGAAGAUCUUGCAAGAGCAGAGCCCACGGAUGGCAAUGGAGGUGCGAGGGAAUAUCUACGAGCUCCUCCUAGCGUGCCUGCCGGCGGACUUCAUCCUCAAGGAGCUUCUGCGGGUCCUCCUCUCCGAGCUGCGGAAUGACUUGGUGAAGCAGAAGGCAGUGGCUGCAGCCGCCCACUUUGAGUCCACCAUGAAGCGCGGCAGCAAGGAUAUCUUUCACAUCGAGGCCUUUGUGCUCCGCUUUAUGGCGGACUACCGGGCAUCCAUGGAAGUCAGGUGAGCCACUCGCUGAGCGCAGAUCGGUCUCCGCAGCCUGCGUCUCUCAGCGCGCCAAAGAUCUUCGCGCC